AACCAGCAUAUCAUUCUGUCUUGUUUCACUUUGUAUUUGUGUAAGUAUUUACUAUCACACUUACUUCCAGUUCUCUUUCAUAGGAAUUCUCUUAUAAUGCUUAUAUUUGAAAACAUUUUAGAUUUUCAGCGAUGCAAAACAUGGAGGAGCAUAUGGGACGUGCACCAGUAACUACAAAUGGAUCAGUCAUGCAUGGUUUCUCCCAGAGAAUUGUGACAUUGACAUUUUAGACAAUGGAAGGACCAUCAAUGAUUUCAUAGGCAAUAAAAUAAAAGAGCUUGGUUCAGGGGACAGUGAAGAUCCAUUCUAUGUGGCAAAUCUAGAUAGUAUGUUUAAGAGUCACCUCAGGUGGAUCACUAACUUACCUCGUGUCAAGCCUUUCUAUGCGGUGAAGUGCAACAACACACCAACAGUUUUGAGGAUGCUGAGUGCCCUGGACACUGGUUUUGACUGUGCUAGCAAGGGUGAGAUUCAGCUAGCCCUGUCCCUCGGAGUGACACCUGACAAAAUCAUUUACGCACAUACAACCAAACCACUGUCGCACAUCAAGUAUGCCUGUGCUCAUGGAGUAGAGAUGAUGACUUUUGAUAGUGAGGAUGAACUCCUAAAAAUGUCUCUUUGUCAUGCCAAAGCCAAACUGGUACUCCGCAUCGCAGUGGAUGACUCCAAAUCGCUAAUAAGACUCAGUUCAAAGUUUGGAGCCAGACUGGUGUCAGUUGGUAAGCUGCUGGAACGUGCUGGAGAGCUGGGCUUAGAUGUCAUUGGGGUCAGCUUUCACGUGGGCAGCAAGUGCACUGAAAGUUUGGCGUUCCAGCAGGCCAUAGCAGACGCCCGUCAUGUCUUUGACAUAGCGAAUUUGUUGGGCUUCCAGAUGAGUCUCUUGGAUAUCGGUGGAGGGUUCUCUGGGAGAGAGGACUUUCAAGUGAAAUUUGAAGAGUUUUCAGAAGUCAUUAAUGGUGCACUGGAUGAAUUCUUCCCGCCUGACAGUGGGGUGCAGAUUAUCGCAGAACCAGGCCGAUAUUUCGUUGAAUCAGCCUUCACACUGGCAGCGAACGUCAUUGCCAAAAGAGUCGUCAUAGAUGAUAUGGAUGAACAUUGCGACAGUGAGGCCAGCCCUAAGAGAAUGAUGUACUACCUUAGUGAGGGAGUGUAUGGCUCCCUGAGUUUCCUUAUCAGUGAUCCUAACCACGGCAAGGUUGAACCAUACCUUCACAGGGCUGUUGAGAGCAGCGAGCAGAGAUACCGGUCUGUUAUCUGGGGUCCAACCUGCGACAGCACUGACAAAGUAACUGACAACUACUGGAUUCCUGAGUUGCACGUGGGGGACUGGCUCCUCAUUGACAACAUGGGUGCUUACUCAGUUUGUUUAUCCACUGACUUCAAUGGCUUUGAAAGAGCACACAUUUACACUGUUGUGACAGCUGAGACUUGGCACGCCUUCAUUAAGCCCGACAGACCACGGUCCACCCCUGUGGUGUAGUUACAAAAAAAUUGUGAUGGAAGAUGGUCUAUUUACAAUAGAUAUGAAUGUUAUACUGUUUUGAAAAAAAAAAAAACAUGGGGUCUUCAGCUUUCAGAAUCCUUAAACCAAUUGUAUUUUGUCCAAACUAUGUCUUAUUACUUACUUACUUAACUUUACUACUUUACUUUAAUUUAAGUAUUUUAACAAUAAGGUAGUACAAAUAUAAACUUCGUAAGUAUAAGAGCAAGUGGUGAGCAAAAGAUCUAGGAUCAUUUUCUUGUCAGUCUACAAUAACAUGCUUGGAAUCGCUGGAAAAUAGAACUUACAAGCUUUCCAAUGAGCCUAAACGCACCACAAUUGUAAAGACAACGUUUGCUAUUUCUGGGGAAACAUAGCAGUCGCACUUCACAUUUUAGAGUCACACUGACAUACAUUUAUGUCACCAAGGCUUAUGUUAUUUUCGCCAAAACCAGCAGAGUUUAGUUUUAGUUACAAAGAUCGUCACGGGGGUUUCACCAGCCGUGUUAGUCCAGCCAGACUGAAUCCGUAUAGAACUCUGGUUCUAGUCGCCAUCUGGUGGCUGUAUCGAAGUACUGACACCAAUGAGCCUUGUGCCAUUCUAUUCCUCUGAUUCAGACGAAACAGAGGAUACCUCAAAUUAGUCAGUGCCUUUGCAUUCUCAAUUAAUCUGCCUGUAUAGCAGGAAGCUCUUCAGUAAGUUAAGACGUAAGAGGAGUUUAUUGUACAGUUCAGACACUUGAUGGGGUGGAGGGAAGGGAGCCAGAGGACGGAGACCGAGGGGUCAUUGUGUUUAUUUCAGUUUCAGUGGGUUUUUUGGGGGAGAUUUAUGUUAUUUGUAACAUGGCUAUAUAGAAAUAAAUAGUGUUUUGAAGUAAAACUCCCAGUAAACAGUCAACAAGUAAACAGUAAACAUGGCCAAAACAUGGAGACCGCCUGAGUAUGUCUUUAUAAUCAGUUGUAUCAUGAAUGUUGUAUUUUAGUGUAUUUUCAUCAAAUUUACAGUUACAGUUGUACUCAAAGAGUAGAAGACAUUCAUUUGCAUUAUUAUCCAUUUGAUCUUGGUUAUAAUGGCGAUAUUACCGUUGAAAUUUAGAUUAUAUAUUUGGCGAGGAUGAAAAUCUUGUGUUUUCCUUUGUUGUGUGAGAAUUAAUCAUUUAAAUGAAGGUUGCUUGCCUAUUAUAUUAAUACCAUGUUGAAACCUUUGUACACACAUACACACACACAGGGCAUGAGGCUUAACAUUU